ACCUCAUAUUGUUGGUUGUAUUAUUUUUCAGUGAUGGCGGCGUAGAGUGAAAACUUGUAAAUUAUAUCGUUCUUGUAAACUGGUCGCUGAAUCGCUACAUACGAAGCAAUUGUGGAAUCAUUUUCUGUUUUUUAUUUGUUACAUUUUGUUUGUCUUUUUGACAAGGUGCUUUCACGGUGUUUAACCAUCAGUGAAUGCGCCAUCAGAACGGCAGAAAUUGAGGCGAGGCUUAAAAGCGAUAUUGAAUUGACCUGUUGGAAGAUAGAAUAUUCAGAUUAAAUAUACUUGGUCAACGAAUUCGUUGCUUUGGUUGCUAGUAGCGUUAUAUAUCCGACAGUUAUCGUGUCUAUUUAUAUUUGCCUAAAGCUGUUUUCUGGAGACGUUCCGUAUACAUCAACGUCGCCUUCUAUAUGAGUGUAUGGCAAUUGCACAGCACUUCAUAUUAGGUAGCUCACCGUUGAUCCUACUUGGUUCCAGCGGGCCAGACAUAAAUUCUUUGCGACCAAAAGUGAAAACAGGAGUGAAAAGAACGAGGCUCGCAUAACUUUAUUACGGUGUUAAAUGGUAAUGCAUGCCAGAAAACCGCAACGUUUGCUAAGUGAUGGGUACCACCAGUCUCAUCAGUAUCAGAAUUCGAAAUAUGGUUCCUCUAAACGGGACUACGAGCGCGAGAAUACUUCUCGAUCCACCAGCUAUGCUCGGGACCGAGACAAUUCACCUGCCGGGGGGUCAUUAAAUGAUUCACCCAGAGAUCGAGAGAGAGAACGUGAUCGUGACCGUGAAAGAGAACGUGAACGGGAUCGUGAUCGAUAUCAAUCUUCAGGAUACACAAUGAGUAAGCUACGCGAUAAGGAGCGGGAUCGUGAAUACAAAAAAGAUAAAUAUUCAGACUCGUCCCGAUCCCCCAAAAGAAGUCGCAGCGAACGAGAUGUUGAUCAUCGUACGAUACACGAUAGGAGAUUUAAAAUGACGUCUUCGCUUUUGGACAAACGUGGAACAUCCGGUGACGACCGUGAACGUGAUAGGGAACGCGAACGAAUUGAACGAGACAGAGAACGUGAACGUGAUCGAGAUCGUUUACGUGAAAGGGAACGUGAUAGGGGAGGUGGUGGCAAUGUGACAACUGGCAAUGCUGCUAGCAGUAACAACAUCGGAGUGCUUGGCAGUAUUUCUGCAACCAUUAUUGCCGGUGCGCUUAACAGUGGUAAUGUUGGCAGCAACAUGCUUAACGCCUGUGCGAAUAUUGCUGUAGGGAAUACAAGCGGCAACGUUGGUGGAAGUACCAUUUCUGGUAAUAGUGUUAAUCAAAGUAGUGACCGAGAUCGUGUAAAUCGUGUUGGAGAUUGGAGCGAACAUGUAAGCUCAUCUGGCAAAAAGUACUAUUAUAACUGCAAAACAGAAGUUUCACAAUGGGAGAAGCCACGCGAAUGGAUUGAGAAAGAGAGCAGCCGCGUGCUAGGCAAAGACCAGCAGCGGGACUAUCGCGAAAAGGAACGGGAGCGGGGAGGAGAGCGAGAGCGUGAUGAACGCUAUUCAUCGGCAAUUGUUAAUCGUUCGUCCGCUUCUGCAUAUGGAAAGCAUUCCGGCAGCAGUAGUAGCAGUAGUAGUAAAAAUAAUUCCCGAGGGCGAUGGCAGCAUCAUGAAUCUUCACUAUCUUCUCAUAGAAGGCGAACCUUCGAGGACGAAAACCAGGAUAUGGAUAUCAGUCCCGGCGAUUCGACGCCUACGUCCGAAGCUAGUUACUCGCAUUCGAGUACACCUACUGCUGGUCUAACGCAAAUAGGAUCCCAGCAUUCACAGACAAACCAUGGUUUGGCGGGAGGUAAUACCAGCACUCAUACAACAACGAUUGCUGUAUCGAGUAGUGGAACAUCGUUGUCAUCGUCUGUAGUUGCAUCGAACAACAAUAUUAGUAACAACGUCCUUACCGAGGGUGCAAACCAUAAUCUACCGGCGCAUUUGCCAAGAAUGUUAACAAAUGCUGCGAUAAACCAAAUCGGAUUGACAAACAAUACACAGACAGCGUUAACUCAGCAGCCACAACACAAUGCUACACCAUCAUCGAAUUCAUCGUCAUCAUCGUCAUCUGGCACCAGUAUAUCAUCCCCGUCUAUGCACCAUACCGCACAUAGUUCCGGUACUGUUUCUUCGGUAUUGUCGUGUAUACAAGCAUGCCCAAUAGAUGGAGGAUUACUAAGUUCUAACACUCCGGGGCCACCAGCAUUGAUAACGCCUUCACAACAACAAAAUGUUUCGCUUUCGUUAACCCAACCGCAGCAGGGCUCUACAAUUGUUCAACAAAUGCCUCAGGUGCAACAGCAACCGUUACAUUCUCAACAGUUAGUUCAAUCCUCCAUCCAGGUGUCGUCUGCAGGCAGUGGGACAUCCCUCAGUGUAACUACGUCUUUAGCAGGAUUGCCAAAAAUUCUUUCUCAAAUAACGGGCAACAAAGCUAUUGAACACAACGACCUCAAUCCACAGAAAGCUUUACAAACGAUUAAUAAUGCGUUAAUGAUGCAGUCUCGGCAACAUAAUCCCGGCAAUAUGCACGAUAUGAGUGGGAACAGCUCAACAUUGAUUAAUUUAAGAGAUCAUGCAUUGCAAUCGCCGCUCUACAAUGUGUCUAAUUUAUCCCAUCCUGUCCAUUCGACUACUCUUUCCAUUGGAUCUGGUACUCAUAUAAAUCAUAGUACACACCACAAUCACUCUGCUAAUAGUCACGGUAGUAAUCAAUCGAAUAUGAUGCACAAUAUUGGAUUAAUGGGAUGCAGCAGUGGUAAUGCAAUUCUUACUGGCGAUGGACCGCCCACCCCUACGCAGGAGUUAGAAUUACCUUUAGUAGAUCAUAGAAAAUUAGAUGGAUUGGGUAGUACAAUAGUAACGACGACUACGACUAGUUCCGUGAGCAGUCUGCAAAGUGUCAUGGCAUCGUCUCAAAGCGGUCGAUCUCAGGGCCCAAAUCUAACGCCUAGCUUAGCAAAAUAUUUCCGAGCCGAUCUUAUUUCUCAUGUUACUGGAUGGCCAUCAGAAAUAUUGGAAAAAACGAUUCAAAAACUUUCCGAAGAGGCACAUAUUUUAGGCGAUCUACAGUGUAGCAAAGUAUCCGCCGAAUUGAAAUGUGCCAGAAGUUUAGUUAGGAUAACCGAAAUUACUGCAACGCUGCAGGAGCAAAAAAUAAUGUAUCUACGACAGCAAAUCCGUAGACUAGAAGAAUCCAAAUCGGAAAACUCAUUCAUGUCAUCAGAUGAUCUAUAGCAUAUUGGUAAAAACAUUGAACGCAUGUUCAGCCAGUUAGAGGAGUGCAAAAAGCAUGAGAAACCGUGUAUGCAAUUGAAAGAUUGUAAUUAAUUGAAGUAAAAUUUUAAUCUAAGAAACAAUAAGCAGUCAGAAACCAUAACAAUGAAAACAUUCAGCUGAUGUGCUUAUAAAUAUACAACAA